AAGAUUAUUUAUAUUAUUACCUAAAAUACUUUCUUGGCUAUUUUGGAGCAUAAUCCAAAUAUCUGCCACUUUUCACCAACAUUUAUUCUCACUGAAAGAGACAAUCAAAACACAACAGCAAAUAGAGAGAGAAGAGAAGAGAAAAUGGAGAAAAAAGUUGUGGCUGUGUGCUGCGUUGUGGGCUUCUUAGGGCUCUUAUCAGCUGCAACUGCCUUUGCUGCUGAAGCAACAAGGAUUAAGGGCUAUCAAAUUCAGUUUGUCUCGCCAAAUCAGUGCACGUAUCCUCGAAGUCCAGCUCUACCUCUUGGUUUAACUGCGGCGCUGUCUCUUAUGAUUUCUCAAAUUCUCAUAAAUCUUUCAACUGGAUGCAUUUGUUGCAGAAGAAAUUUGCGAAUCCCUGAUGCCAGUUGGACGGUGGCACUGGCCUGCUUUGUUUUAUCCUGGUUCACAUAUUUAAUUGCAUUUCUCCUGUUGCUAACCGGUGCUGCACUGAACGAUCAGCGUGGCGAAGAGAGUCUAUACUUUGGAACCUACUACUGUUAUGUUGUCAAACCUGGAGUGUUUGCUGGUGGCGCAAUGCUAUCUCUUGCAAGUGUUGCGUUUGGAAUUAUCUAUUACAUUACCAUAAUGGAGGGAAAGAAUGCUAGCAAUGCUUUUGGUAAUUCCUCAAACCCUAAUCAAGGGAAUAUAGCCAUGGGACAACCACAGAUUCCAACUCAAACCAGUCAAGACCCGGUAUUCGUGCACGAAGACACGUACGUCAGGCGACAGUUCACAUGAUUGAUGAACAACUGUCUGUCAUUAAAAGCUCAGUGCUGUGUUACUCAGUUUCUGAGGCUUGAAAUUUGGAGAUUGCUUUAGUCAAAAACCUGGUUUAUGUGUAUUCCUAGGAUGUAGUGUUCUAUUAGUUUUAUGUACAUGUUUCACCCAAAAAAUGGUUUGUGAGAUUAUGAAUUUUAUGGUGUUUAUAAUUGAAUGAUAUAUACUAGUAAGUUUUUAAAUCA